GAGGCGCUGACGUGAGCUUGGCUUACCUGGGCGGGGAAGGUGAGGGCCGGUGUGGGACUGGGAGCGGAGCCUGCAGUCCCUACCUGCGCAGAGCCAGGUGUUGCUUGCCCAACCGGCCGAGGAGAGCAGUGGCGACGGGUGAUCCUAACUGGGACUUGGUUCGGAGGGACGUUCGCUUCUGGCAGCCGGAUUGAAGAAAGGGGGGGGCGCCAACGUCUGGAGCCUCGCUUGAGGGAGGGAGGACACGCCCGCCGGUGAAGAAGCGUCCCCUCCAGAGUUUGUGGGGAUCAUGGCUCUCCACCCCCGCAGAGUUCGGCUGAAGCCCUGGUUGGUGGCCCAAGUGGAUAGUGGCCUGUACCCUGGGCUCAUCUGGCUACAUAGGGACUCCAAACGCUUCCAGAUUCCCUGGAAACAUGCCACCCGGCAUAGCCCCCAACAGGAGGAGGAAAAUACCAUUUUCAAGGCCUGGGCUGUGGAGACAGGGAAGUACCAGGAAGGGGUGGAUGACCCCGACCCAGCUAAAUGGAAGGCCCAGCUCCGCUGUGCGCUCAACAAGAGCAGGGAAUUCAACCUGAUGUACGACGGCACCAAGGAGGUGCCCAUGAACCCAGUGAAGAUAUAUCAAGUGUGUGACAUCCCCCAGCCCCAGGGCUCUAUCAUUAACCCAGGAUCCACUGGAUCUGCUCCUUGGGAUGAGAAAGAUAAUGAUGUGGAUGAAGAAGAUGAGGAGGAUGAGCUGGACCAGUCACAGCACCACGUUCCCAUCCAGGACACCUUCCCCUUCCUGAACAUCAAUGGUUCUCCCAUAGCACCAGCCAGUGUGGGCAACUGCAGUGUGGGCAACUGCAGCCCCGAAGCAGUGUGGCCCAAAACGGAACCUCUGGAGAUGGAAGUACCCCAGGCACCUAUACAGCCUUUCUAUAGCUCUCCAGAGCUGUGGAUCAGCUCUCUCCCAAUGACUGACCUGGACAUCAAAUUUCAGUACCGUGGGAAGGAGUAUGCACAGACCAUGACGGUGAGCAACCCCCAGGGCUGCAGGCUCUUCUAUGGAGACUUGGGUCCCAUGCCUGACCAGGAGGAGCUCUUUGGUCCCGUCAGCCUGGAGCAGGUCAAGUUCCCAGGUCCGGAGCACAUCACCAAUGAGAAGCAGAAGCUGUUCACCAGCAAACUGCUAGACGUCAUGGACAGAGGACUGAUCCUGGAGGUCAGCGGUCAUGCCAUCUAUGCUAUCAGGCUGUGCCAGUGCAAGGUGUACUGGUCUGGGCCAUGUGCCCCAUCGCUUGUUGCCCCCAACCUGAUCGAGAGACAAAAGAAGGUCAAACUGUUUUGUCUGGAAACGUUCCUUAGUGAUCUCAUUGCCCACCAGAAAGGACAGAUAGAGAAACAGCCACCAUUUGAGAUCUACUUAUGCUUUGGGGAAGAAUGGCCAGAUGGGAAACCUCAGGAAAGGAAACUCAUCUUGGUUCAGGUCAUUCCAGUGGUGGCUCGGAUGAUCUAUGAGAUGUUUUCUGGUGAUUUCACACGAUCCUUUGACAGUGGCAGUGUCCGCCUGCAGAUCUCAACUCCAGACAUCAAGGAUAACAUUGUUGCUCAGCUGAAGCAGCUGUACCGCAUCCUGCAAACCCAGGAAAGCUGGCAGCCCAUGCAGCCCACCCCCAGCAUGCAACUGUCCCCUGCCCUGCCAGCCCAGUAAUCAUGAAUGCCAUCUUCCUUCUCUUUUUUACAAUAUUGUACAUAUGGAUAUUUUUUAUUAGAUUUAACCAGCUUUUAAACCUUUCUUCUUUCUAACAAUAUUAGUACUCUCUGACUCUCCAAAUAUGCCUAGCUUUUAAAGUUGAUUUAAUUUAUGGAAAAAUCACCCUUCAUACUUUCCCUUUCUUUUUUAAACCUCCCCAUGGUAGUGUAAUGUAGUAGAAGGAGAUUUGGCCUGGGAGUUUGGACACCAGGGUUCUAGCUGCAGCUUUGCUUCCAGUGGUGUGACCUUGAACCAAGUCAUUUAGCCUCUGGGCUUCAGAUUCAUUACUGUAAAAUGAAGGAGUUGGAAUGAUGCCUGAAAUAAUGCCAGCUUUAAAACUCUGACUCAGUGACUUCCUUCUACUUGUACAAGGCAAAACUGCCUGGAACAGAACAUUUCUGCCUUGUUCUUGCACCACAUUUUUUUUUUUUUUUUUGCUUUCAUUAAAGUUCCCUCAAGCACUGAUUUGUCCAGGAUUGAUCUCCGUUUGACCUGUUCUGCUAGUAUAGUAAGCUGGCUCCCUGAUGGGGGAAGAGGGAGGGAGGGGCGCCGGCUGGUUGCUUGGGAACCAAGCUAGAUAUCUAAAUAGAAAUAGGUGCCAAAGUCUGAAAGUCACCCAGCCUGUGGAGUAAAAACUCACACACUGAGCUUCUAAGGGGAAGGUGUUGAUGUAGAGGCUUAGGGAUUCUGUAGAAGAAUUGGCUGUCAGGUUUUCAACUUAUCACCACUGAAAUACGGGCAUACCUCGGAGAUAUUGCAGGGCUAGUCCCAAACCACUGCAAUAAAGUGAAUAUUGCAAUAAAGCAAGUCACAAAUUUUUUGGUUUCCCAGUGCAUAUAAAAGUUAUGUUUACAUUAUACUGUAGUCUUUUAAGUGUGCAAUAGCAUUAUGUCUAAAAGUACAGAUGUGCAUACCUUAAUUAAAAAUACUUGGGGACUUCCCUGGUGGUGCAGUGGUUAAGAAUCUGCCUGCCAAUGCAAGGGACAUGGGUUCGAGCCCUGGUCUGGGAAGAUCCCACAUGCCACGGAGCAACUAAGCCUGUGCGCCACAACUACUGAGACUGCGCCCUAGAGCCCGCGAGCCACAACUACUGAAGCCUGCAUGCCUAGAGCCCGUGCUCCACAACAAGAGAAGCCACCGCAAUGAGAAGCCUGUGCACUGUAAUGAAGAGUAGCCCCC